AUGGGUUCACGUUGGUGCUCGAGUCCCAAGUCGUACGAUCAUUGGCACCCGCACAAGUCGUGCCAGUCAUGUGGCGCGGGCUUCACGCUACCGGGCGACCACUCGUUCGCGCUCCUCUUAAUUCACUGGACAGGCGCGUCCCAAUCCACGCAGCAGCGGUUCACCCUGCACAUGCACACAUCGAUCCAAGUCAUCCGCCUCCGAGCGAUGGACGCCGUACAUCGUCGGGACGCGCCCACCCAGAUGGAGAACCGCCGCGUGGACGCCACGUCCAAGGCGCUCGAACUCACGGCAAUGCAUCAAUUGUUGACACUGACUGUGAAUUUGGUCGAAUUUUAA